AGAGAUAACCUCUUGGUCCCUUACAGCUUUACUGGGUCUUUGCUUUCUCUUGUGUGCGAGAAGUUUCAGCCAUUUUUGUUUUCGAUUCUCUCUCCUCAUUUCUCUUUCUUUCUCUCUCUUAAGCCAUGGCGUUGAACAAUGGGUUGCGAUCUUGUGCAUCAAAGCUCAUGAAUUCUUCUGGGUCAAUCUUAUCUAAGCCAGCAAGCAGAGAAUUUCACUCAAGUGGGAUGAAAAUGAUGGGAGGACAUGGUCAUGAUGAGCCAUUCUACCUUCAUGCAAAACACAUGUACAACUUGGACAGGAUGAAGCACCAGAAGCUGAAGAUGUCCCUUAGUGUAUUGGCUGCCUUUAGCAUCGGAGUCUUUGUCCCUGUUUAUGCAGUCAUUUUCCAGCAAAAGAAGACUGCAUCUUAACUUCAUUUUAGUUCCUUUUUUCCUAUAUUGUUGGAAGUUAUACAGACUACUUGAGUUGGCCUUGUAUUGUAAGAUCAUGAUGGCUUUUUUCAUCUCACUUUCAGUUUUCUGCUUGGAAUCUUACCUUUGCUAGAACUUGGAAAGGUACAUUUGACAAUAAAAUUUUGUAAUGAUUUCUGCCGAAUCAGCUACUAUAUAUCAGUGAUUGUUAUGGUUGUGGUUCAAUGAAGUUCUUCUUGUACAUUGCA